AUGGGCGAAUAUCAAUGGAAUGAAACAAAGCCUUUCCAAACUGUAUUUUCUGAGCUUUACUCAUCACUGGAUGCCAAUGGAACUUCUGCUGCCAAUGAGAAAUGGCAUGAAACCCGGGCAGCAGCACCUCAGCCCAGGGGCCGGUCUUAUUACAUAAGCGGAGAUGUGCGGAGGCCGGGGGUAAAGUCCGGGCGGUGCUCUCAGUCGGGAUCGGUCAGGAUGAGCUCCCCGGCUCUCUGGCUCCUUCUCCCGGUCUCUCUGCUCCUCCUCUCCCGGCCGCCCCGGCUCCUCUCUCACCCGCAAUGUCUGGACUUCAAGCCGCCGUUCCGCCCGCCCCAGGAUCUGACCUUCUGUGUUCAGUACCGGGAGUUCGGCUGCUGCGACUCAGCCCGGGACCGGGCGAUCCUGGACACAUUCUACCGGGUGAUGGGCAAUGCAGACGCGGCCGGGUACGAGCUGUGUGCGGCACAUGUACAGGACAUCCUGUGCCAGGAGUGUUCCCCCUAUGCGGCCCAUUUGUAUGACGCCGAAGACCCCAGCACCCCCGUACGGACCAUCGCGGGGCUUUGCGAUGACUAUUGCGCUGACGUCUGGAAGAAGUGCCGCUCCCUCUUCAGAUACAUGACAUCUGACAAAGACCUGCUGUCCCUGGAGGGGAACAUGGCGAAGUUCUGCCGCCACUUGUCGCUGGAUGACGCUGACUACUGCUUCCCCCGCUUGCUGGUGAACACCAAACUCACCAAAGAUCUGGGUUUGGUGACGGCCGACUCGGAGGGCUGUCUGCAGCUGUGCCUGGAAGAAGUGGCCAACGGCCUCCAAAAUCCCGUGGCCAUGGUGCACGCCAACGACGGCACGCAUCGCUUCUUCGUGGCAGAACAGGUGGGCCUGGUGUGGACCUAUCUCCCCGACCGUUCCAGGCUGGAGACCCCAUUUCUAAACAUCUCCAAAUCCGUCCUCACCUCUCCGUGGGAAGGCGACGAGCGCGGCUUUCUAGGAAUCGCCUUCCAUCCACAGUAUAAGCACAACGGAAAAGUCUUUGUCUACUACUCGGUAGAGGUUGGCUUCGAUGAGAUCAUACGAAUCAGUGAAUUCAGAAUUUCCUCUCAUGACAUGAACAUGAUCGACCACAGUUCCGAAAGGAUAAUCCUGGAGGUGGAAGAGCCAGCGUCCAAUCACAAUGGCGGAGAGCUGUUGUUCGGAGAUGACGGCUAUCUCUACAUAUUUAUUGGGGACGGAGGGAUGGCUGGAGAUCCAUUUGGGAAGUUCGGGAAUGCACAGAACAAGUCGGCGUUGUUGGGCAAAGUUCUACGCAUCGAUGUCAAUCACAACAACCAUGGCCCCCUUUACCGCAUCCCAACCGACAACCCAUUUGUCAACGACCCGUCUGCCAGACCUGAAGUCUACGCUUAUGGGGUGAGGAACAUGUGGCGCUGCUCUUUUGACCGGGGAGACCGCCAGACAAAGGAGGGGAAAGGACGCCUCUUCUGUGGGGACGUGGGACAGAAUAAAUUCGAAGAAGUCGACAUUGUGGAGAAAGGAAGGAAUUAUGGCUGGAGGGCCAGGGAAGGAUUCAGCUGCUAUGAUAAAAAGCUUUGUACUAAUUCAUCACUAGAUGAUGUUCUUCCGAUUUUCGCCUACCCCCACAAGCUGGGGAAGUCGGUCACUGGGGGAUAUGUGUACAGAGGCUGUGAAUAUCCAAAUUUAAACGGUCUUUAUAUUUUUGGAGAUUUUAUGAGCGGACGUCUGAUGGCUCUGAAAGAGGAGCAGAAUACAGGACAAUGGCAGUACAAUGAGAUCUGCAUGGGCAUGGGACAGACCUGCAUGUUUCCCAGACUCAUUAAUAAUUAUUACCAGUACAUUAUCUCUUUUGGAGAAGAUGAAGCAGGGGAGCUGUACUUCAUGUCCACUGGUAUACCAAGUGCUACUUCUCCCACUGGUGUUUUGUACAAGAUCAUUGACACCUCAAGGAGGGCCCCGCCUGGUAAAUGCCGUUAUCAUCCCUUACCGGUCAAGACGAAAAGUGACAUUUUGCCAUUUGUGCCAAAAGAAAAAUUAAUCAUAAAAACCACCCCAACUAAGAAACCAAAGGUCAAACCCACAUCAAGAACAACAGGAAGGGCCAAAGCCACUGCACAGCCACCACCUAACGCCACACCUGAUUGGGUGGAACAAUUAGUAAAGCUCAUGCAAGGUGAAAAAAUUCCAACCACCGUCAAACCAACCACAACCAAACCACCUAAACCAAAGAAAGGUGGUAAGAGCAACGAGAAAAGAGGUCAAAGAAAGAAAACAAAAGCAAACGCCGGGGCAGACUCUAGGCCAAGAUCUGUGGAAAUACAUAGCGGGUCAGUGCGCUUGGCUAAUGGUAAUAAAGCUGACCGUGGGAGGGUCGAGAUCUUCGUCAAUGGACAGUGGGGUACGGUGUGUGAUGACUUGUGGAACAGCAAAUCAGCAGCUGUCGUGUGCCGGCAGUUGGGAUUCCCUCAUGUUGUGAAAGCUGCCAAACAAGCAGAGUUUGGAGAAGGAAAGAACCUUCCCAUCCUUCUUGAUGAUGUGGAGUGCACGGGAAAGGAGAAGACUUUGCUUGACUGUAAGCACAAGGAGAUUGGAAAACACAACUGUGGCCACCAAGAAGAUGCUGGAGUCAUAUGUAGCCACAUGGAAGAGGCCUAAAACAAAAUGUUUUUUAUCGGAUCAUGAGUACCUCAACUGAAAGCACAACUCAGAUGUUCCUUAAAGUCCAAAGCCUACACCACAGUCCUUUCCCAACAGAAAUAUUUUUGUUCUAAAGCUUUUUUUUUAAUUUUGGAUAGAAUAGGGAUUAGUUAGAACCUAUGUUGAGUCUUAAUGCUGUCCAUGUCCCUCUAGGGAGCUGUAAUCUCUCUAUUUGUCUUGGUGUCUAUGAAGUUGUUUAGGUGGUAACUAGGGUUGUCCCGAUACCAUUUUUUUAGGACCGAGUACAAGUACCGAUACUUUUUUUCAUGUAC